GUGAAAUGAACUAUCGAUAGGUUUCUGCUCGAAAGGGUUUUGUAUGCACCUGUUUAGUGACUUGAAUCAGUAGAUCGUUGGGCUGAGGCGUAGCCCCCGCAACGUAUCCAGGCCCUUGAAGAGCACAAUAAACAUUCAGGUACAAGGAUAUAAAUUCUCAAUCAUGGCAUUGGCCAUGCUUUCUAAAAGAAUUUGUUCACAACUUAUGCCUCGGCAUUCUCAGAUUCCUUUGCCUGUCUGCAACACCAUUUUCCGAAGCAUCUCCAAACGAACCAAAUACAUAAAGGAAGUAGAUCUAGCAGAUUUCUUGAAGGCUGUAGGCAAUGGAGUUGAGACGCAUACUGAAAAACUUGCAAAUGAAAUUGGAGAUUUGCAACAGCUGCUCACCACCAGAACUUUAAAGCUCAAGAAGAUAGGGAUUCCUUGCAAACAGAGAAAAUUGAUUUUACGAUUUACACACAAGUACAGGCUAGGAUUAUGGAGACCAAGGGCGGUUGAUUUAAAAAAGUAGACCCUCUAUAGUUGCUGUGAUGCUUUUCUACUCUCUGCAACUUCCCCUAGCUCUUGAAAGAACCUAGAAAAGGUUUCCUAUUGGUAUUAAGUUGGGGAAGCAUAGGCCUCUUCCUGAAGACAUGAAGAAAUUAAGAUUGUGUAGUCCCUCAAAUUUCAUUACUUGAAGUCAGGAAUUUAUGUAUCAGAGGUUUUCAAGGUUUUUAAUUUUUCAUUUUUGUUUUGGCUCUAGAAUUUUAAAUGACAUCAUUUGCCUUGUCUAUAACUCAAAUUUAGAGGUGGCGGAAUUAUAAAUUCCGUAAGUAGAGCAAUAAUGCAAUUAACUAUUUAUUAAAUGGUUUUUGCCAAUGGGUAUUAGAAAUUCCAUGGAAAAAAAUAUUUUCAA